AUGCUGAAAUCGAAAAACAUUACGGAUGAAGGAGCGCGAAUUCUGGAGAAUUUAUUUGAUGAAACGAUUUCUAAUGUCACUGUUUAUUUAGAUGACGCUAAGAAUGAAUUACUUGCUGACUCAUUUAUGUGCCGCCCGGUAUACGAAACUUGGCAAUCUGUUGGAACGAUAUUCUGUGGUCAGAUUGGUCGACCGCUUCACGGUAUAUGGCUAGCAUCCGCUCUAAUAUCAGUUUGUUUGAUGCCACUUAUCGUGCUUCUUGUCGGCAUCGUGAAAUACUUAUUCAAAAUGGACAAAAAAUAUGAUCCUAAAAGGCAUCCAGCGAGUACCAUACAAAACGGUGGUAGCAUCUAUGCUUAUGAAGACGGUUCACGGAGUUCCACGUACACGAUGGUUUCCACCGAUUCCAGAAGUCGUCACAGACAAAACAAUCAGCCGUGGUGCAAUCUUUCCAUGAGAAAACCAAUCAGUCCUAUGUUCGAGGAACCUAGCUACAAUACUUCUGUUUAUGGCUCUCCGUUAGCAACUGCUGAGCGGUCAGUGCUGAUUACUGCAUAUCACACCUGCUUACCUGCUUUUGCUUCUUCACUUCUUCCGUUUUCGAUAUAUUUAUUGCAGUUAGGCAAGUGUGAAGAUGUGUAG